AACUAAACAUUCAACAUGAAGUUCCUGUUCGCUUUCGCUACCCUCGCUCUCUUCGCCAUGAUCAAUGCCAACCAAUACGGUAGCAACCGUGGCUAUGGCGGCGGAUACGGAGGUUUGGCCUACGUUCAGGAGCCUUCUUACGGACACGGCUCGUAUGGCGGUCAUGGUGGUCACUCCUAUGCUCAGCCCCUGUACUCCAACCCAUCAAAUGCCCGUGCUGCUGCCUCCGCUGCUGCCAGCAAUGGCGCCAUCCGCCCAGGCAACUACAGGCAGUUGGCCGUUCCCGGCUAUGAGAUCGACACCAGCUACAACGCUCCAAGCCGUGGUUAUGGCUCCGGCUAUGGACGCAGCGUCUACUAAACUAUUGAACAGUUGAAAAUUUGUUUCAUGGAGCAGCAACAUCAGCUACACUGUGACAAAAUAAAAGAAAAGAACCGCUGAACGCCGUGGAAAAUGUUGAACAAAAA